ACGCCCGGCGCAGCAAGCAAAAAGCGGCCACGCAAAGGAAAGGGACGGCCGCCCCGGAACUCGGUUCCGUCGGUUCCCCCAAUUCGCGUCCCGUCCGUCCGUCCGUCGCCUCCUCUCCCUUCCUCCCUCCACCGCCCUCCCCUCCCCUCCCCUCUCCUCUCCUCUCCUCUCCCGCACACGGCACAGGGCACGCGGAUCUGACCAAAACCGUCCAGGAGGCCCUUUCCCUCCCGACCGCGGCCGACCGCGAGCAACAACCGGCUCCGCCUGUCCUGUGCCAUCGGCUUCCAAUUCGAUCGAUGUGCCCGAUGGAGACGGAGGAGGACGACAGCGGCGGGUGUGACUUCCUCGACUGGCUCGGCCCCGACACCUCCACCACCGUCUUCGAGCUCCUCGACGACCCCGCCGACCUCGCCCGCGUCGGCGCCGUCUCCCGCUCCUGGCGCCGAUUCGUGACCGAGAACGAAUUCAGCAAGCGCCUGUGUCGGCGGAUAUGCCCGGAGGCCGCCAGCUUCACCCGCGCGGUCGUGGUGACCCGUUCGCCGCCGCCGCCGCAGCCCGCCGCGUCCGCGUCCGAGUCCAGCCAGGACGCUGAGUGCAGGGCCCGCGAGGGGGAGCACGCGGCCUACUCCUACCUCGCCGGCGCGAUCGUCUCCGCCAAGCCCGCUAUGGACCUCAUCAUGCGCUGCGUCGGCGCCUCCAGCACCGACUUCUUCCCCGACGAGAGCAUGGAGAACACGCUCGUGCCGCAUGAAUGGGUGAACCACCGCCACUCGUACUGGUCCAGCGGCGGCAAGGACAACCCCGACGCCCCCGAGAGCUUGACCUACAGGCUCUCCUCUGACCUCUGCGUGAUUGAUGAGAUCAGGGUGCGCCCCUACAAAGCUGCUUUUCAGCUUGGCCAUCCUAUUUACUCUUCCAAGGCGGUGAGGAUCCGGCUGGGUCAUUCCAAGCUUGAUCCUGGAACAGAGACUUUCGUGUCAGCUGAGAAUGAGAACCUGACAGCAAUCGCUGAUGAAAACUACACGUGGACAUACACGUCGCCAGAGUUCCCUAUGCUUCAGGAAAAUGUGUUGCAAACCUUCAAGCUUCCACGCCCUGCCCUUUGCAUUGGUGGUAUAGUGAAGAUUGAACUUCUGGGGAGAUUACAGAAACAAUCUACAGAUGAUAAGUAUUACAUAUGUGUCUGCCAUGUCCAAGUGAUGGGGCGCUCACUUUCACCAGAUUUAAUGAUAGACAUCUCCGAUCCUGCUGAUUACUCAAACCUCAAGUAUUUGCCGGGUGCCGGUAACUUGCGCCCAGAAGACCUACUGAGCAGUGACGCCAAGGAGGACUCAUCGGACUGGCGCUCGCUUGUUUCUAGGUACAGGCAGAUGAGGCAAUUGGCGAUGGUGUAUAUGCUGCUUGGACCUGUGCAGUUUGCGGAUGAAGAAGACGAAGCUGAGGCUGACAUGCUGCACUUGUUGUAGGCUUUGUUUUCUCUAAACCGGAUCUUGUGUAUCCUAAUUGAGUGGAGUUUGUUCUGAUAAAUAUAAAAACAAAAAGAUUUGUGUCGUUUCAGACUUCUGUUUUUUCAGCUUUGCUUGAUCUCGAUCAUGGGAGAGACAAAACAUUUGCCAAAUAGCGUAUUCAUAUUUAGGAUAUUUUGCAAA